CUUUGCUGUAAGGAGGUCACAUGACACUAGUUUAUCGUCUGCAGCAGUAGCACAAAAGCGCAGGUGAAAGUACUCAACAAGCUUCAGUCACUUCAGUUCUCGAGUGCUCAACGGUACGCAACACAAAACUCCACACGCAGCAUGGCGCCCACUAUCAAAAAAGUUGCCAUAUUUGGAUCGACCGGUUACACUGGACAAGCGGUGCUUGAUUAUGCCAUAAAGAAAGGGUACGAGGUGACCGUGCUCGUAAGGGAUGCCUCUCGGCUGCCCAAGGAGAUCACGCCUCACCACGUGGUUGUGGGUGAUGUGCUGAAGAAAGAGGACGUCGACAGGGCUGUCAAGGAUCAGGACGGUAUCAUCGUAGUCCUCGGCACAAGGAACGACACAAGCCCCACAACAACAAUGUCUGAUGGACUGAAACAUAUCUUGCAGUCCAUGUCCGACCUUGGAGUGAAGCGGAUUUCAGUCUGCGUGUCAUCCUUCCUCUUCUGGGAGCGUGCCAAGGUGCCACCAAAGAUGGUGCCGUUGACGGACCACGAGCGCAUGUACGAAGCACUCAAGGCUUGCGACCGCGAGUGGGUUGCCAUCUUUCCUCCGCACAUUGCAGAUGAACCCGCACGUGGGGGCUACAAGAUGGUCAACGACGCACCUGUUGGCCGGGCCAUCUCCAAGUUUGACUUGGCCGAAAUUCUAGUCAACGCUCUUACCAUGGACGAGCACAUUGGACACAGUGUUGGCAUCGGCUACCCGUCUGCCUGAACAAGGGCUAAACGGUGCUCCUCGUUCUUGCGAACAUUCCACCUAUUUUGACAGAACUACUUACCUCUCAGUAUGUUUAAACACCCCUAUAAUUGUUUGCACCUUGGUGUCGGUGUCGGUGCUAAUAAUAUAUUGAGAGAUAUGUUUGUAUUUGUUCAUAUAGCUAGUAAAAUAAAGUUUAUUGUGCCGCUAUAGGCACAGAAGUAUACUCUA